GCCUCCACUGUGUGACUACCGCCCCGGCCUCUGGGAAUUGAAGUUUCUGUGGAAGGAAGCGGGAGCGGUAACCAGGCCAACCCAGGAAGGCUUUUUUUCUUAGCUUUCACUUCCCUGUAAACUCUUCAGCUCGAGGUACCAAAUAAUGUCAUCUGAAAUGUUGCCAGCAUUUAUUGAAACUUCUAACGUUGACAAAAAGCAAGGCUUAAAUGAAGAUCAAGAGGAGAGCCAGAAGCCAAGAUUAGGUGAAGGGUCUGAACCAAUAUCUAAAAGGCAAAUGAAAAAACUAAUAAAACAGAAACAAUGGGAAGAACAACGGGAACUCCGCAAACAAAAGCGGAAAGAAAAACGCAAGAGGAAGAAAUUGGAGCGACAAUGUCAAGUGGAAUCACACUCAGAAGGAAAUGACAGAAAACGUGUUCGCAGAGAUGUGGUUCACAGCACCCUUCGCCUUAUCAUUGACUGUAGUUUUGAUGACUUAAUGGUAUUAAAGGACAUUAAGAAACUUCAUAAGCAAAUUCAACGAUGUUAUGCAGAAAACCGACGGGCACUGCAUCCUGUGCAGUUUUACUUGACAAGCCACGGAGGCCAGCUGAAAAAGAACAUGGAUGAAAAUGACAAAGGAUGGGUCAACUGGAAGGAUAUCCAUAUCAAACCAGAGCACUAUAGUGAACUCAUAAAAAAAGAAGACCUGAUUUAUCUUACAUCAGAUUCACCUAAUAUACUGAAGGAAUUAGAUGAAUCAAAAGCCUAUGUGAUUGGAGGAUUAGUAGAUCACAACCAUUGCAAGGGAGUCACAUAUAAACAAGCAUCGGAUUAUGGAAUCAAUCAUGCACAGCUCCCACUUGGAAAUUUUGUGAAGAUGAAUAGUCGAAAAGUUUUGGCAGUUAAUCAUGUGUUUGAGAUUAUUCUGGAAUACCUGGAAACAAGAGACUGGCAAGAAGCAUUUUUUACUAUCUUGCCCCAGCGGAAAGGAGCUGUUCCCACAGACAAAGCCUGUGAAAGUUCUUCUCAUGACAAGCAGUCUGUCAGGGUGGAGCAAGGUGGAUCGGACAGUGAUUCCAGUGAGGAGGAAUAUAGCAGAAAUGAACCGGAUUCCCCACAUGAAGAAAAGCAGGAUAAGGAAAAUCACACUGAAUCUACAGUCAACUCUCUGCCACACUAAUAUUACCUGGUUUCCUUUUAGUUUAAGGAAAAAUUAGGAGAAGGUGAGGUACUAUAUAGAAUAUUGAAAUUGGAAGAAAAUUUUAUUUUCUCUUAUUUCUGUUGUGAAUUUUAAAACUUUUUUUUUUUUUUUUUGGAGCUAAAUGAUCAUUAAAAAGCCCAUUAAACUUUGUAAGAAAAUGUUUUUUGAUUUUGCAUAAGAAGAUUUAAAUGUGUAUGUGGUUUUUUGUUUUUGUUUUUAAUAGUAGUUUCUAGAUAAUUUUACUUUAUUAGUAUAUUUUCAUUUUCUUUAAUUUUAUAUUCUUUAGAAUGUGCCUUCUGACUUUUCAGUUUUAUUAUUUUAUAGUCCUGUCAACAUCUUUAUGAUCUAUUGUCUACAUACCUGUGAGGACACAUAUUCAUAAAUAUACUAUCAAUCUAUCAGAAUGUUGUGUAUGGUAGGUUCCCCUCUAUUUGCAGCUUUUAUGUUUAAUUUAGUUAUUUGAAAGAAAUAUAGUAAGUUUAGGAAGAAGUAGCAGUAUGAUAGACAUAAUAAUUCAUUUCUUUUGGACUGCGUAGUGCAUAUCCGUUCCUUCUUUUUGAUACCUUUUUGUGGUUCUGAAGUAAUUACUAAAGAGUUGAGAAUCUCUUUAAUUCAUUUGUUUAGUUCUUACAAUGGUGAUGUUACUUCAAUUAUAAAAUUGAAUUUUGCAGAAUAAAUUAUUUUAUAAUGCUGUUGCUAUUAAAAGAUCAAUUUUGCCUUUACCUGCAUUUAAAAUGAAACAGUUCUUAGCAGCUGUGUUUUUCUUUCAUAUAUAUUUUUUAAAUAUUUGUUGGCUUUUAAGAUGCAUAAAGUUUAUAUGUACAUCUGCCUCUUCUCAAAUAAGAAUAUUCAUACUAAUGUAUGCUUCUAUAAAUGACAUACACAUGUGAAAAUAUGCAUGUAAAUAUAUCUGUCCUGAUCA